AUGCCGACAGUAAACAGCGCUACAGUGUGCUACCUGUACCAGCACAUUAAGAAGACGACUAAAAGUGAAGAUCCAGCCUCUGCAGCCUCCAGUCCUGUUCUCCCUAUGGAGUUGAUUUGUGCUGCCAUCCUGAACAUCCUUUGUUCAGCUUUGGGUUUCAUGAUAAACAUGUUUUAUGUUUUCUGCUUGGUUUCGGGCCAGACAAGGAAAAUCAGACAGCCACUGUUAACCUUGCUGGUGCUCAUGAUCUUCUGCACCAGUCUGUUCCAGGUCAGCCAGAUCCUUUACAUCAGCCUGGACAUAUCUGCUGUUAGCAUGGAGCUUAAAUACAGCAUGAACAUCUUCAUGUACUACUCGAUUCGUGUCAGCAUGCCCACUACUCUCUGGCUGAACAUCUUCUACUGCACGCAGAUUGUCCCUGGACGGACUGCCUUGUUCGCUUGGUUUAAAAGGAACAUCCGGAUCAUUGUUUAUUUGAUCUUCAUUUUCACAAACAUCUACUUCCUUUUCAAUUUUUUUUUACAAUUUUUACUGAACUUCAAUCAGACAAGCAACAGCACUGUAGAAAGUAGUGACAUCACUACUUUCGACAGUAGUGACGUCACUACUGGUGCGAGGGCACAACUCAGUGAGAUUCUGGGCAAGGUGGAUAUUCUAACAAUAGUGCUGAUUUUUCUUGGUUUGAUCACCAUGCUGACAGUAAACGGUGCCACAGUGUGCUACCUGUACAAGCACAUUAGGAAGAUGACUAAAAGUGGUAAAAGCAUCAACUCUCAGGUCCUCCAAAACCAGGUUCGAGUCACCAUCACUGGCCUUGUACAAGGUCCCCUCUAUCUUCUCUGCACAAUGGGGAUGUUUUUGGAUUUGUAUCACAUAUAUUACCAAUACAAGUGCGAUCAAAAUAUCCUCUGGACAGUCUUCAGUGUCUACUCCCUUUCCACUAGUUUAAACCUGGGAGUGGGACAGUCUCUGUUCAGGCAGCGGAUCACUCAGCUGUGCAGAAAUGGCGAGACCUCAGAAUCAGAUCAGACUGAGCUGAGCUAA